AAAAAAAGUCUUCUGUUUUCUAAAGAUGGCGGCUCCCACAUGUAAACAUGCGACAUGAGACGUGGUAGUUAGCGGCGCUUUUAGCAAAACCUUAAUUUGUGACGCCGGGUUAUGCCCAUACUAGCAGGUUGGCAGCUAAGCGUAGUGUUGAGUUAUUAAUAAGCCAGCCCUCGGUUUAUUAGAGUUUUACAGAGCGGAUAGUUAGGAUUUCGCUUCCAGCACUGAGCCAUGCCUGCGCAAACCAUUUUCGUGGCUUCUCUGCCAGGAUCGGCAACAAACGAACGCCUUGAGGAAAUAUUCUCCGAAAUCGGUCCAGUGAAACAAUGCUUCGUGGUUAGAGAAAAAGGAACAGAGAAAUGUCGGGGAUUUGGCUUCGUCACUUAUUCCAUGGAAGAAGAUGCACAGCGGGCCUUGAAAGAAGUAAAAGAAUACGACGGGAAAAAGCUCUCCCUCUCGGUGGCUAAAAAGAAAAUUAGAGAGAAAAAGAAAACAGAGAAAGAGGCAGCAUCAGCACCAUCCCAGGAGGAGCAGGAAACCAGAGACCCCAAGAAAAAAAUAUCCAAACAUGGCAGACUUGUCAUAAGGAAUCUGAGUUUUAAGUGCACAGAAAGUGACCUAAAAGAAGCAUUUGAAAAGUUUGGCACUGUUGUGGAGGCCAGUAUACCCCUGAAACCUGAUGGAAAGAAGCGCGGAUUUGCCUUUGUCCAGUUUAAAAAUAUAUCAGCCGCCACAAAGGCACUUCAAGCUCUAAACCUGAAAGAGAUAAAAGGUCGGCAGGUAGCGGUUGACUGGGCUUUGCCAAAAGAAAAGUAUAUUGCUGCACAGCAGACUUUAAGUUCAGGGAAUAAAGUUGCAGAGGAGGCCGAUGCAAAAACAGGAAGCGAUUCUGAGGAUGAAGAGGAAGAGGAAGAAGAAAGGAAACCAUCAGCUGAGAAGAAAAACAGUGGGUUAAAGGCAACUGCAGAGCAAGCAAAGGCUCCUGAGUCAAGCGAUGAAGAUGAUAUUGAAGAGGAGGAUGAUGGUGAUGAUGAAGAAACUGAGGAAGACGAUGAUGAUGAGGAGGAGAAGAGAUGAAGGAAGGAGGAGGAAGAGGAGGAUGAUGAUGAGGAUGAUGAUGAUGAUGAUGAUGAUGAUGAUGAUGAUGGCCUUGAUUCAGAUGACGAUUACGAUGAGAGUGAAGAUGAUGAGAAAGAGGAAGGAAUCUCAUCAGGUCCAAAACAAAUGUCAAAGAAACGUUUACCGUCAGAUGUGCAAGAGGGCCGAACAGUUUUCAUCAGGAACUUGUCUUUUGACACUGAUGAGGAGGGUCUGGAAGAAGUUCUUCUACAGUUUGGAGAGCUUAAAUAUGUAAAGAUUGUUCUCCACCCAGACACACAGCAUUCAAAAGGUCUUGCAUUUGCUCAGUUUCAAACUAAAGAGGCAGCAGACAGCUGCAUAGCUGCAGCCCAAGAUGAGACAGAGAAUGGCGGAAUCCGUGUGGAUGGCAGAAAGCUGAUAAUUGUUGCAGCAGUGAGCAGAGAAGAUGCUGUGAAACUGAAGGUUGACAAGAAAAAAGUAGACACAGGCAGCAGGAACCUGUACCUGGCCAGAGAGGGAUUGGUCCGUGCAGGAACAAAGGCAGCAGAGGGUGUAUCUGAGGCAGAUCUUGCCAAAAGACUCAGAUUUGAAGAAAUAAAGAGAGCCAAGCUCCGGGACAUGAACAUAUUUGUGUCGAAAAACCGCCUUUGCGUCCAUAACCUGCCGAAAUCCGUCGACAAUAAAAAACUAAAAGCACUCUGCCUUAAAGCUCUAAAUGGCAUCAAAGGAGUUCGGAUCACAGAGUGUCGAGUCAUGUAUGACAGGAAGCCAGAGAAAGGCCAAGUGAUGGGUCAGUCUCUAGGCUACGGUUUUGUUCAGCUCCAGGACCACGAGCAGGCUCUCGCCACUCUGCGUUACCUUAACAACAACCCCAACAUCUUUGGCCCUCACAAGAGACCCAUCGUUGAGUUCUCCCUGGAGGACACCAGAAAGCUCAAACUCAAAGAAAUGCAAAAACAGAGAAAUAAAGAUUUCAUCCAAAAUCGACCUGUAAAAGGACCAGUGAACAAGUCCCAGAUAGGUUCAGACACCAAAAGACCAAAGUCGGGUGGAGAUAAAGGCCAGUCCUCGUCGCAGCCGACAGGAAAGGAGAAAGUGACCACAGAAGGGCAAAAUAAAAACUAUUCAGGUUUUCUGACCAAACGUGAGAUUGAACAUGUCGAGUUGCAAAAUGGAAAGAAACGAAGGAAGGUUCUGCCUUUACCCUCCCAUCGUGGACCCAAGAUCAGAAUGCGGGACAAAGGGAAGCAGCAGGUCCCCCCCGCCAAGAAAGCAAAGCCUGCACCUAAAAAGAACACGCGCCAAAGACAACUAAUUGAAAAGCCUACUCAGGCCAGGAAACAGAAGUUUAAGAGUGCUAAGAAACCGUUCCAGAGCAGGGGCGGAGACCGUUUCGAUUCCUUGGUGGAGCAGUACAAGAGAAAACUGAUGGGCGGCAAUGACAAGAACACCUCCAUGAAAAGAAACAAGUGGUUUGAUAGUUAAAUCUGCUAGUGUGGAAGAAAGGAUGCGAAGCUUGAGAUAUACCAUGCAAAAUACCAUCAAGGGGGAUUUCCGAACAGAUAUAUUUUUUAAAGAAUUGUGGUAAAUUGUACAGGUUAAUAACUGUGUGAGACUGUCAUUUACAGAUUUAAAGUUUUUUUCCUUUGUGCCCGAUUUCAGCAUCUUUCUUUUAUUUAAAUUUUUUUUAAAGGGGGUUGUGUUUUUCUGUGUAUCAUUGCUUAUUAUGUGCCGUUUUUUCUUGUCCCAUAUUUUACAGAUGUCUGGUUAUAUUUGAAGUCUUUUAACUCAAUUACAUAAAAGUUAAGUACACUCAAAACACUUUUUCACUUCAUUAUGACUUUUCUCAACAAAUUUGUACAAAUUACACAACGCUAAAAAGUAGGAAAAGGUUAAAUAUUUAUUUGCAGUUUUUCGUAAAAACAAAAGUCGUACGCAUUGUACAAAAAUACUCCAACAUUUGUCUUAUUGUUUACCCAUUUUGCCACAGUUGUAAAUAUUGCACAAAGAUAAAAGUUCCACUUUA